CACUCAACUCAAGGGCUUCCUUAAACCACAGUUUCUGCACUCACAAGUCUCUCUAGCUUUUUAGCUUCUUUUUUUAACACUUCCAGAAACAUUUGAACAUGGCUAUCAGUAUGGGGCACGUUCUCCGUCCUAAGCUAGGACUCAGGAGGUCUUCUUCAAGAACAAACAGAGAAAGUGAGAUUCCUAAGGGACACCUUGCAGUUUAUGUAGGCGACAACAAGAAGCGCUUUGUCAUUCCGAUAUCAUACUUGAAAGACCAUUCAUUCCAAGACUUGCUAAGUCAAGCUGAAGAAGAAUUUGGAUUUGAUCAUCCGAUGGGUGGACUCACAAUACCUUGUAUGGAAGAGACAUUCCUUGACAUAAUCUCUAGUAUGAGGAUAUGAGCAGAUCUUGAUAGACUGCAGGCCUGCUGUACAUAGAUCUUUCUUUAUAGUCAGUAGAUGAUUUUUUAUAUUUUAUUUUUUGCAAAGAAAAGUACUCUUGUACAAUGUUCUUUGUUAUCCUGAUCAGAUUGGAAAUAUAAAUUUAUAGUCAGAUC